AAACUUCAAGUAUGAAGACGUCUUCGUUUCCAUUCCUAGAGAUAUCGCUCGUCUCUCGAAACAAGCCGGAGUAGAAAAAUUGAUUCACUUUUCUCACUUGAACGCAGACAGUAAAAGUCCUUCAAAAUACCUUAGGACUAAAGCGGUAGGAGAAAAUGUUGUCAGGGAAGAAUUUCCAGAUGCCAUCAUUAUGAAGCCUUCUGAUAUAUACGGGAGAGAAGAUAGGUUUUUAAACUCUUACGCAGAGAUGCGACGUUUUCGCGGAGUGCCUAUGAUUGGCUUUGGGAGGAAAACCGUGAAGCAGCCUGUUUACGUGGUUGAUGUAGCCCAGGCAAUAAUUAAUGCUAUCAAGGACCCUGAUUCUAAAGGGAAAACAUAUGCCUUGGUUGG